AUGGCCAAGCGGCGGCUGCUGCUGGUCUCCAACUCGACGCUGCACGGCGGGGGCUACCUGGAGCACUGCCGGGGACGCGUCCAGGGCUUCCUGGGGCCGACCGUGAAGAGAGUUUUGUUUGUCCCUUACGCCCUGAGUGACCGAGAUGCUUAUGCCAAGAUGGCAAGAGAGAAGUUUGAACACUUAGGCUAUGGACUAGACAGUAUUCACGAAUCUCCUGAUCCCGGAGAAGCUGUAAGAAAAGCAGAAGCGAUAUUCAUUGGUGGUGGCAAUACCUUUCGCCUUUUGAAAGCUCUUUACGACAAUGGUCUGAUACAGCUGAUCAGGAGAAGAGUUCUCGAGGACGGAGUCCCAUACAUGGGAUCCAGCGCAGGAACAAACGUGGCCACAAUCAGCAUCAACACGACCAAUGACAUGCCGAUCGUGUACCCACCUUCCUUGCUGGCCCUUGGUUUGGUACCCUUCAACAUUAAUCCGCACUACUUGGAUCCAGAUGUCAACAGCACUCACAUGGGGGAAACCCGUGAGAAAAGGAUUCUUCAGUACCAUGAAGAACCAAAUACCCCUCCGGUACUGGGUUUACGUGAAGGAUCGCUGCUGCUUGUGGAAGGAAACAAAGCUACCCUUCAAGGAAAAACUGGGGCUCGGCUGUUUGUGAGAGGGAAUUCCCCAACGGAACAUAAACCAGGAACGGAUUUCAGCUUCCUGCUGGCUGAGGGUCUUGAGAAGCCUUAAAACUUUUUUCAUGUCCAAACCAGGCUGCCUGCUGAAU